AUGGACAAGAUCCUGAAAGCAUCAUUUGUAGUCCUAGCCCUUCACCCAGCCUGGGUGAGUGGCCAGCAGGGGAGACGUGACCAGCAGCAAGUGAGACAAAGUCCCCAAUCUCUGACAGUCUGGGGAGGAGGGACUUCAGUUCUGAACUGCACUUAUGAGAACAGUGCAUUUGACUACUUCCCAUGGUACAGGCAGUUCCCUGGAGAAGGCCCUGCGCUCCUGAUAGCCAUACUUUCAGUGUCUAAUAAAAUGGAAGAUGGAAGAUUCACAGUCUUCUUGAGUAAAAGGGACAAACAGCUCUCCUUGCACAUCACAGAUUCUCAGCCUGGAGACUCAGCCACCUACUUCUGUGCAGCAGGAACACAGUGCUCUCCAGGCACCUGCAGCCCACACCCAAACCUGCAGCUGAGUCUCCAGCAAAACCCUGCUGUGGGGCUGAGCCUGGCAGAGGUGCAGAGCAGCUUUCAUUUGCAGGAGCAGGUGACUGGUGACACAGUGAAUGUAAGAAUUCGACUCAUUCAGCCACAGACAGACCAAGGAUCCAUUUUAGGUCAGAAAGUGACUCAGGUUCAAUCAACUGCAAGCUCACAGGAGGGAGAAGAAGUCAACCUGGACUGUUCAUAUGAGACAAGUCAGAACUUAUAUCACGUUUUGUGGUACAAGCAGCUUCUUAGUGGGGAGAUGGUUUUCCUUAUUCGCCAAAUUUCUUUUUCUACUCAGAGUGAGAGGAGCGGCCGCUACUCUAUCAUCUUCCAGAAAUCAGCCAAGUCCGUCAGCCUUGUCAUUUCAGCCUCACAGAUAGAAGAUUCUGUGACAUAUUUCUGUGCACUUUGGGAACAGACUCACAGUGCUUGA